AUACUUACAGUGAUAGAUGGAGUGGCUACAGCAGCAAAAGCUUUAGAAAAAGUAGAGGACAUUAACCGAGCUUUGGUAAAAGUGAAGGAAGGUCUCCACUCUGUGAAAGUUUCCCAGUUUGACGCGACUCAGGUUCAACGAGAAAUUGAGGGCGAACUAUUUGACAAAUGGCACGAGGGUUGCGAGGUAUGAGGUAUUCUUGCUGUCAUGAUCAAUGUAAAAAAAGUGCUUCAAAUAUUAAGAAACGAAAGUACUACACUGAGUGACAUCGCAGUCUCCACACCUUGAACCUUUGUUAGUGCGCAAAAUUAAAUAUCUGAUAUUUUUAUCGAACAGGUAAUGGAAUCUAAAGGUAUUGCCAUUGAGAGUAUCCAAAGCUUCCUGGAUCAUCUUCAGGACGCUUAUGAGGGUAUUGAUGAAGAGAUGAGAAAGAAAAUGAACGGAAUCGAGUGGGCAAAAGAAUGGGCAUAUAAGGUAAUGGAGUUUAAAUACAACGCGUCAAGUGAUUCUAGUGCCAGGUACGGAAUGAUAGCGUUUGGCAAAUCCAAAGAUGGAAAGUUUGUAGACUGCAUGUACUGCCUCUACAAGCUGGAUUUUAAAGUUGCCCCUGAGAGAAUCAUCACCAAAAAGGAACAUUCAGUUUUGUGGGGUUUGGUCAAAUGGGAAAGUGUGGAAGAGAGAGUACAGGAAAGGGUGCUUGGCGUGAAGUCGCUGAAACGCAUCAAAAAUUUCUUCCGCUUCAAGGCCCUGGAAGGCUUUUACAAAGAAGGUCUCAUCGACCGAAUUAAUGUGGUGCCAUCUAUUGAAGAUGUGGCGGAUGACAAGUAG